AAUCACGGAAGAUCCGUAAGAGACCACCACGCUCCACGUUUCCUUCCGCCAUCAAUCGGUUCAGCCACCCUCCCGCCAACGGCCGCCCUCCCAUUUACAUUUACAAUUAGUGCACAAGCAAGCUGAGACUGAAAUUUCGCCACGGAAGUAGUACUAGCAGUACUAGCGAGGAAUUGGCGAAUUUGCGAUCUGUGAAAGAACCGGCGAGAAAACGACGGAAUCCGAAUAAAUAAAGAAAGGCGACACGAGUGCCCCGCUACAAAGACGGGGACAUGUUCCGGCGUUUGGAAUCGGAAUUUGUCUUGCCUUGGGAGGAACAAGAACAAGCCAAGACAGAAACGGAACAAACGAGCCGUGCCACUUUGAGAGGAAGCUAAUUUUGUUGGCUUCUUCUUCUUCCUCCUCAGUCGUUUCGCUUUCUCGGCGGUUUCCGUUGGCUGCGAGCUAAAGCCGGAGCCUGCCACCCUAAUUUUAGCUCCUCCUUGUCCAAAUUGGAUGUUACCGGAGGGCGAAUCGUAGCCCGGUUCGGCUGUUUGGCUGGGUUUGGCUACACCCCUCCUCCUGGUCUGCUCGAUUCAGGCCAUGGAGAUAUGGCUGGCAAAGGUGCAGGGGGGUGGAGCUCGCCGUGUUUCUUGAUGCGGUUUCUGCAAGUUUCAGCCCCUCCUCGCAUCAAUCUUGGUCUAGAGCCCGAAAUUUUAAGUUCUAGUCACCAAAAUUAGAAAUUUGUUUGCCACCUUCUUGGCGAUCCUAGGACACUUGAGCCACUGAUUGGGUUCCCCUUGUUUCUGCCGUUCGCAUGCGGCAGGAUUCAGAUGUUCUUGGCAAGGUAGGUCAAGGGAAAGGGAGAUGCCCAAGGCAGGAGACUGUAGCGGCGGCGGCGGCGGCGGUGGCCGGAGGGACCUGCCUCUGCUUUUCCUCAGGGUGGGCGCUGCCAUCACGCUCUCCAUCGCUGGGCUCUUCUUCUCGCGGCUGCGGUGGCAGCACCGGCCUCGGCCCCGGCACCUCCUGCUCCCUCCUCCUUCAGAGCCGGAUGAUGCCCGUGGCAUGAAGGGUGGUGGUGGAGGGCUCAAGGAUGAGCUAAGGAUCCUCAAGAAUGAGGACACCAAGGCAAAAAUAAUCAAUGGGAACUCUGUGCACACAACCACUACCACUACAACAACCACCACCACUGCCUCGGUGUCACUUCCCCCAAAAUGCCGAAACAUUGAUGAUGAUGAUGAUGAUGAAGGAUUUCUCCUUCCAGAAUUCAAUGAAAUGGUUAUGGAAGAAUUUGGCGGAGACGUAGGCAAUAUCGCAAGCUCACCUGCAGCAAGAGUAAGGGAAGAUGCAUCUAAUGAGCAUGAAGUUUUCAAGCUCAGAGAUUUGGUUAGAUCUCUGCAAGAAAGGGAAAAGACCCUGGAGAUACAACUUUUGGAGUUGUAUGGUUUGCAGGAGCAAGGUGCUGCAGUUAGGGAGCUUGAGAACCAACUGAAGAUAAACAAUGUCGAGUCACAGCUAUACUCCUUGAAGAUCGAAUCCUUGCAAUCUGAAAAUCAGAGGUUACAAACACAGUUGUCUGAAACCUCAAAGUUAACUUCCCAGCUUGAGUUGACAAAAUCAAAAUGCAAGCUGUUGAAAAAGAAGUUGAGACAGGAUGCGGAACAAGCAAAGGAGAAAAUCACUUCCCUUCAGAACAUAGUUGAUUCCUUUCAGUGUAAGGAGAUUAUUGAGGGAGAAGUUGACGGUGAGGUUGAGAAGAAAUUAAAGAGGCUAGAGGAAUUGGAAAAUGAGGCAAGAGAGCUUAGAGCUGCAAAUUCAAGGCUGCAGCAGGAGAAUUCACACCUUAGUAGGCGAUUGGAGCUCACACGCCUACCGCCUGUACCCAAGUCCCACAAUAGCAUGGAGGUAAAAACAUCAGAACAAGCUGAUGGGUUGAAGCAAGAAAACGAGAAGUUAUCAAAAGAGGUUGAACAACUGCGGACUGACAGGUUUGCAGAUGUUGAGGAGCUGGUAUAUCUUAAAUGGAUCAAUGCUUGCCUGCGGCAUGAGCUGAAGAACAAGGGGACUCCUGGUCCUGGGGCACAAACUACAGCACAGGAUCUAAGCAACACUCUAAGCCCCAAAUCUGGACAGACAGCCAAGCAAUUGAUAAUGGAGUAUGCCAAUGUUGGUGCGGACGAGAGAAGUUUAAGCUCCAUAGAAUUUGGUUCAGAGUACGCUUCUUCAAGGGCAUCAUCAAGUGGCGAACCCGAUGACACAUCGAUCGAUAUGUCAUCAAUCACAACGCCCAGAAACCCGAAGAAGAAAGAGAAGAAGAAGUUUUUCUCUAAGCUACGGAAAUUGGUACUGGGAAAAGACAAGGAAAAGAACAAUUUCCCUACUUUGGAGAGGAGAGUGUCUAUUUCGAGCUGUUCCUUUGAUGACUUCACUGGAAGAGACUCGCAUGAUAGCUACUCUUCCUUCUUGACAGAAGGAGCCGUAUCUGCCAAUCAGCAGCAUGACGAUCGCAGCUGCGUUACGCCUUCUUUUGGCAGCCAAAGAUAUAGCACAGAAGCAGGAGAUGGAAGAUACCAGCGUCAUGGGGUAAAAAAGAAUGCAUCUUUCGGAUCCGGAAGAUUCAGUGAACAUGGUUCUCAGUUUGAUAGUGGUGAGGCCACAAUACCAGAAGAUGUCGAGAUCCACAAAUUCGCCGAGGCACUGAUUACAUCAAGGACAGGUUCUAUGUCAUCCAGAAGGACAUUAUCCUUCAGCUAACUGAUAAAACCCGUAGCUUAGGAGUCAUGUGAUGCUGACCAUCUGUCUGGAUGUAUAUUGUUACCAGAUCCUGAUGGUGAAGUGAUAGGAGAUGUUACUGGAAUGAAGUAUCCAAGACUUCAUUCUGUGUGAAAUGUACAAUCAUCUAUAAUAGUAUAGUGUAUUGACCUUUAAUCUCAAUCUUUGACAUUCAA